AACGAUUUUUCUUUCCAAGUUCGCAGUCGUUUUGAAAGCUUAGAAAACCAGCAUUAUUAGGAGUGUUUUCACAUAGUCAUUAUUGAUGUCUUCACAGGUGGUGAGGAUUCUAUGCCACCUACGAAAUGAUUAGGAGCGUCAGGAUUAGAAAAUGCCUUCUACCCACUGUUCUAAUAUGCAUCACUACCAUCAUUGUGUUUUAUUCUGGACAGCAAUCCUCCAAUUCAUUUGUGGAUUUUCUAAGAAAUGCCCUUCGGCCGCUGGACGGAAUCUUCUCUCCACCGCCGGACGACGACCCAUGGUUUCAGAAGCGCUUCAUCAGAUCUAUCAAACCAUUUCUGACGAGAGAGAACAAGAAACUAUCCAAUGAUACCAGAACGUGGUGGCGGGAAAUCCAGAAUGACAAUAGCACAGCCAAAUUCAGCGAGGUGGUGGAGAAGUUGUUCCAGGUCAUCCCUGAUGCUGACCUACACAUGGACGCGGGCCGUGAGCGCCAUGGAAGCUGUGCUGUGGUGGGGAACUCUGGGAAACUCAAGGGUUCCUACUACGGAGCCCUCAUAGACUCCAGUGAUGUCGUCAUAAGAAUGAACAAGGCUCCUACCUCUGGCUAUGAGGAGGAUGUUGGGAAACGGACCACAUAUCACGUCAUGUACCCAGAGAGUGCAAUAGAUCUGGACAAAGCCACUAGGUUCCUGUUGAUCCCUUUCAAGACUCUGGACCUUCAGUGGCUACCAGGCGCCAUGACCACUGGGUCUCACAUCACUUUGUCAUAUUUACCACUUAGACAGAAGAUAAAGGCCAACAAAGAUUUGGUAUUGGUUCUGAAUCCUGUGUUUAUGAAAUAUGUUCAUGAAACCUGGCUUGACUAUCAGGGCAAAUACCCCUCUACUGGAUUCAUGGCUUUGAUAUUAUCCCUACACAUCUGUGACAAGGUGAAUGUGUAUGGAUUUGGGAAAGACAAAGAUGGGAACUGGCACCACUACUGGGAAACCUUAGUCGAUAAAAAUCUCCAAACUGGAAUACACGAUGGAAACUACGAGUACAACGUCACCAUGAGGCUCUCGGAAAUACACAAACUACAGCUAUUUUAAGGGAUUUAGUUCAUUUCUCUUACAGCUGUAUAGACCCUAUAAAGAGCUUUUUAUUAAAGUGGAUUAAUCAAAUAGGUGAUAGCCUAUUGUUUACAUUGCACAGCGUUUACAUACUCAAAUACCUUCUCCUUUUAUCUGCACUACCGGUUUUGGACUUGAACAAUUUGGGGCCAAACUUAUGAACUUUGGCUUAGACCAUGGUUUAACCAUUGGUCUAAAAUGGCUAGCUGCUAGCUUUUCUCAUAGGCCAACCUGGUGAAAUUAGCCACGAUGCUGAGGACGGCCAGCAGAUAAUUGUAUCCAGUAACAAAUUCCGUCUCGGCCAGUUUAAAAUUGGCAUGACCCAAUGCUUUUUGUUUCACUAAUGCAUCCUUAACAGAAGUCCACCGGCACGUUCUGAUACUCAAAUUAACUGCAUCACAUGCAAAAAUCUGUAUGGACCUCAGUUUUAGAUCCCUAGUUCCUGACAAUAUUCACCACCUGUGAUGUAAGUAUGAAUCUCACGUGUUAUCAUUUUUCUGUUUCAACAUGUGAAUUUACAUUCAUUGUGGUAUUGUUAAGGAAACUACAGCCAUCACCUUAAAAAUGAAGCCUAAGAAUGAAUUCCAUAAAGCGCUAGGCCUACGACUUCAGCCUUCACCUACACUGCUACUAGGGCAUAAUAAUAUCUCGGCAUAUGAGGCUGCAUGGAUGUGUACAGUAGCCUACAUGUACGUUAGGGCUACAAUGUUUUUUGAGCUUGGAGUCACUCCGACUGAAAGGCUAUAGGCCAACAAAUCUUACAAAUAUUAGUCACUACAAGGAAUAUAGGUGAAAUGACAUAAUGUGUGCACUUGAUUGUAUAAGGUUUUUAUAUGCAUUUUGAUCAUUGGCUACUAUGUCACAUUUGCUCGAUUUCCCUCGAGGACCAGCAGUGGAGGGUUUGCUCAUUAAAAAUAUUGCCCCAAAUGGGAUUCAAACUCACAGCCACUAUUUUUUUUUAACCUUUAUUUAACUAGGCAAGUCAGUUAAGAAGCUAUUCUUAUUUUCAAUGACGGUCUAGGAACAGUGGGUUAACUGCCUUGUUCAGGGGAACAGUGGGUUAAC